UCAAAACAAAAAUGGCUGUCUGUCCCUCUUUCUCUCACACUCUCUCUCGGUCCGUGAAACAAGGAAAGAUGCUACCAAUGGCGAUUCAACCCAACCUCAAUCCUUCUCUGAAGCCCUUAGCGUUCCCUUUACAGAGCUUCUUCCUUAAACCCUUUGAUAAAGCCCCAAUCUUUGCAAGGCCACAUUCACACUCGCACUCCGUGUUGAAACAACCGAAUCGCCACAGUCACAGUCAAAGGACGAGAAUCUUCAAACUAUCUGCAUCAGCGUCAGCUUCGGCAGCUGAAGCAGCAGUAGCUGAAGACAUUCUCGCAGAUGAUGAUUCCCCUUCCGAAUCCCCUCCGGAUAAAGAGAAACUUGGGGUCGUUGUGAAGUCAUUGGAGAAGCCGCGGUUAGUGUUGAAGUUUAUUUGGAUGGAAAAGAACAUUGGCAUUGCACUUGACCAGAUGAUACCGGGACAUGGCACCAUCCCAUUGAGUCCAUACUACUUUUGGCCGAGGAAAGAUGCUUGGGAGGAGCUAAAACUGUUACUUGAUAGCAAGCCCUGGAUAUCUCAAAAACAGAUCAUCAUUCUUCUCAAUCAGGCUACGGAUAUCAUUAAUUUGUGGCAGCAGAGCGGGGGUAAUCUAGCAUAAUAUUCGAUGGUUCCUUGAUGUACUGGGACUUACCCUGGCGGGUGAACUCAUAGGCAUAUAUGCCAAUAGAGAGUUGAUGUAAAUAGCUAAUCUUUUGUAGUGAGACAAGAGUGUUCUUAGAGGUAGAGCUUUCCAGUUUAACAACCAGAACCCAGAAAGAUGUGAAUCUGUUGACCAUCUUUUUCUUCAUUGUGAGUUGGCCAAGACUUUGUGGGAUGAGAUUUUUGGUAGCACGGGUAUUGCUUGGGUGAUGCCUAAGCAAGUGGUGGAUCUUUUAGCAUGUUGGCAAGGUUUUUAGGGGAGUAGUCGCAUUGUUGCCAUAUGGAAGAUGAUUCAUUCCUUCAUGUUUGAUGUGGUGCUUAUGGUUGGAAAGGAAUGGACGGUAUUUUGAAGAUAAAGAACAUUCAAUGGGAGCACUUAGGGAGUUUUUCUUUAGUACUUUGCGUAUUUGGGCGAAAGCUCUUGUAUUGAAUGGAGUUAAUCUUCAUGAUUUGCGUUUAGCCUAUUCCAGUUCUUAGCUCGUAUUUAGAUAUUUUCUCUUGUAUACUUCCUGUGUGCUUUGAUUAUGCUUAUUUACUCAUAUUCUCUUAUUACUUAUAAAAAAAAACAACCAGAACCCAGAAUCUUUAACAUAUCUGCCACUAUGACGACCAUCAUUUAUUUGCAGCACAUUUGCCUCAAUCUCAUGCUGCAAUUUGAUCUCCUCUUACAAAUUUCCAAUCUCUGCAACUCAGCUCUAUUCAUGUUUUGGCUUGAGACAGUGGUCCAAAAACCCUCAGCUAUGCUUUCAUUACUUCAUCCUCUGGACAUGCCUAGUAAAAUCUUAAAGGACUUAAUUUUUUUAUCCUUGCACAUUGCUUCUGCGUCCUGACUGCUAUGCUGCACCGUGCCACCAACUGAUUUGAAAGGGAAGUAAAAAAAUAAAUGCUUUUCUUGCCAGAUAGAUGCACCAUAUGUUGUCGUCUAUACAGAAAAAAAGGGGGUAUGGGAAUGGAGUUUUACAGUACAAGGAACCAGAAACUGAAGUAUAUAAUUAAG